AUGCAAUCUCAGGCCACAGAUGGGACGUCGAGGCAGCGCGCGGUCGUCGGAUCCACACGAGUGAACGCCGACGCCACUGGGCCCGUCGACGCAUCUUUUCGUCCUCGCAGUGUCGCGUCCUAUUGCUCCCAAAGGCACUCGUUGCGCGGACUGUUGGCGCUCGUUGGCGUUCUUGUCGUUUGUGUGGUGUCGUUUCCACCGCACGUGCGUCUGAGAGCGGGUCAGUCGGUACAGCAAAGGGCGUCCGCUAUCUGGCGUCAACUAACGCGCUUCGAGGUCAAUCAGACCGAGUUGGACAAUGUGGAUACAGUGGCAGUGUCGUUCGCGUACGAGAUGCCACAGCCCCAGUUGUUUGAUGGCGACCAAGUGCGAGCGUACUGCGUGAGUGCAGCUGAUGAGCUCGCGCAUCGUGUGUUCACGGCAGAUGAGGCCAUGGAUGCCGUCGCGACAGGUGGCACAGGUUCGGGGGUUGUCACAGUUGGACCGCUGGUCAACAUGCGAUGUUCGUGGCUGCUCAGGUUUGUGACAGAACGGGGGAUAGUGCUGGGCGAGUCGACGCUACUGAGGUUCAAGCACGGUCCGACGCAGCCGUUACAAGUGCGGUUAGCCCUGACGCAAAAGAGCGACGAAAUGCGGGUCAAGUGGGUGAGCGACGAUGUCCCGAGGCCUGUCGUGUACUACGGUCAAGAGAAGGACAAGUUGAACCGACUUGCACGGGCUACACAGAGUAGCUACGAGGCACAAGACAUGUGCAGGGAACCAGCAACGCUCGUGGCUCCCACGCACUUUCGACACCCUGGCCAGAUUUUCGACGCAGUCAUGACGAACUUGGAAGCUGGCAAGCAGUAUUUUUACCAGGUUGGAGAUGAAAUGGGCAAGCUGAGUGAUGUGCACGAGUUUCGAAUGCCACCUGCUGUUGGAAGGAAUAGUGCUGCGACGGACGUGCAAGGCUCAAGUAUGAGCUUCUUCGUGUACGGAGAUAUGAACAAUCCGGCUAGCGCAACAGGUAACUUUGCCGAAGAUAGUGGCCGGUGUGGCACUACCAUGGCACUUGUGCGUGAGGAAAUGGAUCGAGCCGCUGCCGACCCAAGCAAACACAGGUACGUUGCCAUCAUGCACGUUGGAGAUUUGGCUUAUGCAAUGGGGUCUACCUACGUUUGGGAUCAGUUUGGCCAUCUGAUUGAGCCUGUCGCCGCUCGUCUACCCUAUAUGGUCAGCAUCGGCAACCACGACUAUGGCUACUUUGAAAACAAGAAUUUGACGGAGAGCACGGGGCCCCCUCAUUUGACACCCGAGGAGAAAGAAAAGCACGGACAAAAUUCCCGUGGCGAAUGUGGCGUUCCGUCCGAAAAACGUUUUCACAUGCCGGAUAAUGGCAACGGAAUAUAUUGGUACAGCUUCGACACAGGGCUCGCACACCACGCUGUGGUGAGUAGUGAGCACGAUGUCACGCGAGGCUCACACCUGCGCACGUGGCUUGUGAACGAUCUCAAGUCAGUGGAUCGUGCAAAGACACCGUGGGUCUUCUUGUACAUUCAUCGACCCAUGUAUUGCUCGGUCGUGUAUUCCGGGGACUAUAACCGGUCACUGCUGAUCCGUGAUGAGCUCGAGCAGGAGCUGGCCGAUUGCCAUGUCGACAUCGUGUUUACGGGUCAUUACCACUCGUACGAGCGCACUUGCGCCGUGUUUGGCGAUCGAUGUAUCGAUUCGACAGACGGAAAAGCGAUGGCACCAGUGCAUCUCAUGGUUGGUUCUGGGGGGUUUGAAGUGGAUAACACUGGGUACUACGAUGUAGAUUGGCGGGAACAAGGUUUCUUGGAAUACGGCCACGGACGCACGCAUAUUUAUAACUCGACGCACUUGCACUUCGAGUUUGUGUCGAAUGCCGAGAGAAGAGUCAAAGAUGAGACUUGGAUUGUAUCCACACAUGACUGGCCCAGCAAGCGUGAGCGGUUUGCCCCAAAACAAUUCCCAGCCUAG